AGCACUUGUAAGAAGAGUCGCCUCCCUUAUAUUGAUGGCACAAGCACUUGCAAGAACACUUCAGAACGAAAAAUCUUGGAACAAGAAGAGGGAAGCAGGAAAUAUUUCUUACCCUUAGACAUGAUGAAGUAUUUGCAUGAUGGGAUGUCAGUGACGACUGUGACCUUGAAAACAUUCCAUACAUUUGCUGCCUAUGAGGAUGAUGUCUGCUUCUAGUAGUGCAGCUCAGUACACAAAAUGAAAAUUUCAGAAAGGAUUUUAGUUCUAUAUCAAAAGGAGAGACAUGUUUCACAUUUAACUCAAGAGUGUUGAGAAUCCCUGUGAACGAUGUCUUUGUAUGGGCAGCUACUUACAGAGGAUGAGAGGGAGGUAUCUUCCGUGUCUGAGGCCGUCAUCUCUGGUUCUCAAAAGCGGAAUUUGCCUUCAGAUUUUGAAGCUUCUGCGAUGAGUAAGUUGAAUGUUUUGACAAAUAAAUAUGAAGUCACAAGAUCAGAACUCCAGGAAAAUGAUAACAGUGCAUUUGUAAUUUGGAAAGAGAAGGAAGUUCCGGGGCAAGAGAGCAGGUGCUUGACGGAGCUGGAUGGUUUUCAACAUUUUCAAGAAUCGACAGAUAACCACUUGUGUUCAGAUAGAAAAACUACAAACUGUGAUGAUUUUCUAAGUCAGUGUGAAAGUGUUACACCGAAAGCAUGGACAGGGAAAGGUGUUCUGGUGAAAGAUAAGCUGGAUAGGUUGAAGGAGAGUGUUGAUAGAGAAAGGAGUUUGUCUUGGUCUAGAGUAGCUGCUCAGCCACAACAGGACCAUAUGUCGAGUUGUUGUCAUGGCAAGAGUAGGGAUGAACUAGGCCCUGAAUUGAAGAUGACUGUGGCGGUCUGUGAUAAGGUGGAUGAUCUAACUCAGAGUGUCAUACCUGAGGGAGAGGGAACUGUGUAUAACCAUGGUGACAACAUUCUGCAUGAUUCUGUGUCCAGUCAAGAAGCAGGUUUGGUUGCUGGGGAUGAUGCACAUUGUGAGGUGUUCGUGAAAGAUGGGGACUGUGUUGGAAGGUGGGGUUGUGGACAUCCAGAGCGCAUAGGAAGACACGAACCUGACACAGGACCAGGUAUUCAUCAUCUACCCGGCUGCUGUGUGAUGAUGAAGGAUGGGGAUGCUGUUGGAAGGUGGGGUUGUGGACAUACAGGGUGUGUAGGAAGACACGAACCUGACACAGGACCAGGUAUUCAUCAUCUACCCGGCUGCUGUGUGAUGAUGAAAGAUGGGGAUACUGUUGAAAGGUGGGAUUGUGGACAUACAGGGUGUGUAGGAAGACACGAACCUGACACAGGACCAGGUAUUCAUCAUCUACCCGGCUGCUGUGUGAUGAUGAAAGAUGGGGAUACUGUUGAAAGGUGGGAUUGUGGACAUACAGGGUGUGUAGGAAGACACGAACCUGACACAGGACCAGGUAUUCAUCAUCUACCCGGCUGCUGUGUGAUGAUGAAGGAUGGGGAUGCUGUUGGAAGGUGGGAUUGUGGACAUACAGGGUGUGUAGGAAGACACGAACCUGACACAGGACCAGGUAUUCAUCAUCUACCCGGCUGCUGUGUGAUGAUGAAGGAAAUGGGGACUGAUGAUGGUGUUGAUUGUGGUCAAGUUGUUGAGAUUUUGACCAGUCUUGGUGGUCAGUCCUGUUCAUGUCCCAUACCAGCAGUAAGACAUCUAGACAAUAUUGAUGGAGAUGGAGCAACUGUGUUUAGUCAGAAGGAGAGAGAUGUCAGAGAAGCUGUAGAAGGGACUGAAGUGGAUAUGGAUGACCUGUUAUGUCAAAGAAAGAAAGACUGUGAUAUUCAAGAUAUUGUUUGCACUGAACAUGCUGAAUCAGUCAAUGUUAUCAGUGAGAGUGACAGACUGUGUGGUGCAGAUUACAUCCAUGUAGCAGACAUGGCAGCUGAAGGUCAAGUACAAGGCAGCUAUUGUGAGAAAGUGAUCAGUCAGAAAAACCACGAUGACGUGGGUCCAGGAAAAUGGGUUUUGAUGGAAGGUGAUGGAGCCAAGGAAGACAUCGCUGAUUGGCAUCAACCAACAUUUAUUCCACAGGUCUCUUGUAGAUUUGGUAACCAUGGUAAAUCGGAACGUUGUGAGGACGUUACACCCUUCGCCAAAGACGUUGAAUACUGUAAAGAUGUAGAACAAUGUCUUAUUCCCCGGCAACCAGCUGGGGUACACCCUAUACACGCAGAUUCUGAUGGUAUUCCUGGUGUUCAUUGUCCUUCCGAUGUUCCUGGUAUUCGAUCUGGUGUUCCUGUGGCCUUGUCUAACCAUCAAGUUCAGGGAAAGGGUGCUGUUUCUGAAGAAAAGACUGGUGUAUCAGUUGAAUCCCAUGAACAGUCCGUUGACACUGUGACAGAGCCUCUGAUAAGCUCCACGCUGGAUUCAGAUGGUGUUCAGAGAACUGAUGAUCAACAUGUAGCAGAUCAGGUGUCUGAAGACAGGCCUGAGCUUUGCAAUGAAGAACGUAGUGCGAAGCCUUUGACUCGUGGUGCUAAUGGUGAUGACAAUUCUGUUUGUGGAGAAGAAGCAACAUCGAUGGAGUCAGGUGUGGAUGAGGCUGAUGUGUGUGUUUCGAUGCCUGUUGGGAUGGACACAGGAGCUCCGUCUGGGGACGUUAGUGACAUUCCUGUUGUGUGUGAAGACAGUCAGAAUCAUUUUGAUCUUUCUGAUGCAUUUGACAUGUUUGCAGAGGAUGAACUAUUAAACCAGCUCGGCAGUGAAAAUAAUGAUCAGUGUGUCUCCUCGGAAGACGUAUCAUCUGUUGUAAAUGUUCGUCAGAACGCAGUGUCAGCCCGGGCCAAGAAGAGGAAGAAACAAAAGGCCAAGCUUGAGAAACAGUUGUCGAGAAACACAACUUCACGUGCUGCCCGUGUUCACAGAUAUGCUGCAUCCUUUCAGGAACUGCUUGACAACAAGGAGGAUGCCUUCCACCCGGACUUCACAUGCCCAGUGUGCCUGGAUCUGUACCACAAGCCCCACGUGGUGCAUCCAUGUCGCCACAUGUUCUGUGAGCCGUGCCUCCGCAAGCUGCCUUCCUCCGCCCUGGCUGACAACGCUGUGUGUCCUCUGUGUCGACAUGACAUUCGGGCCUGUGUCAUGGAUGUGGACUUGCACAUACAACUGAGUGGGUACUACGUGGAUGUCUACACCAAGCGAGCUCGGCUGGAAAAGAAACUGAAGACCAAUCAGAAGCCUCUUCCUCGUAUUCAAACCACCCCACUCAGCCAACAGCUCAUCAGACAGAUCCUCAGUAGCCAAUCAAAUCGCAGGACUGAUGGGAACGUGUUACACAUCGUGCUGAGUGUGUGCCUCAGUGCUGUUAUAUCCGUGUUGUACGUGUGGAUGAACAUACCUAUAGAGAUUACCAGUGGACGAUUGAGGAACGCUGCCGUGUCCAACGUAUGGGUGCAGGCAAUCUGUCUGUUUUGCGUUUUUGUUUGGUUGUUUCUUAAAGCUCUAGGUACAUUUGCUACCAGAGAAAGAAGGUGAAGUAUAUUCCUCUCCAAAGGUUCAGACACAGUGUAAAUACAUGGACAAAUAUGCUACUCAAAAAGAAGUUAAGGAACUCUCAAUGUUUUCAUAUGACCAUAGUUAAUCUGUAAUGCCAUGACAGAUUAACUAUAGUCAUACAAAUCAGAUGUUUUUUAACUUAUUUUGAGUAGUAUAUUUAAGGGCACUAAAAUAUCAACAGAUGUUACCCUUUGGGCAAGGGUGUCAAUUUUUAAUUAUUUUUUCUUAUGACAAUAGUUAUUCUGUAAUGCCAUGACAGACUGACAAUAUUCAUACGAUAAACUUGGGUGUUCUUUAACUUUUUUUAUAGCUAAAAUGGAUAGAAUUAUCAUUAAACCGCCUGCAUGUUAUCAGAAAUCAGCGGGCCACUGUAACUUGAUAAUGCCCUCAUAUUGCUUGACGACGGGCGAUUAUCAUGCCUGUUGUUAGGUGACGUCAUAGGGAUAGGGAAAGGUGACGUCACGCUCAAUAGUGACGUCAUCUGGUUUGUUCUAUGACGUUUCAAUAUUUGUAAAAAUGGGUCAGUGACAUUUGUUUUGAUUACAGUAAAUGUUUCAAAACCGAUAUUGUUGUUUCUUUUUAUAUGAUAAC